AGUUCGUUGAUCGAAGUGGAGAAAAGAAGUGAAUCUGUGUAUUCGAAUAAAAUAAUUAUUUUUAUAUUAAUUAAUUGAUUAAGAAAAAUACUAUCUAAAAAACGAUGUCUUUGAAAAUAGCUGUGUUAUUGUUCUGUGCCUGCAUCACAUGGGGUGCACAUGCUGGUCAAAAUGGACUACCCGAUGAUGCUUACAAAAUUAUCAUUCAUGCGAUGAGAGGUUUCGAUGUUUACGGCUCGACUAAUGGAGCAUGGAAGCUUGAGUAUGGAAAAUUCCAAGCCGAACGAAUUCCCGGAAUUGCUGGGCAUUUUAUCGAAGGCCAAGUUACAGAUAAGUUUUUUAAAGGUGAAUAUUACAUCUACAUGGCCAAAAGUAUUGGUGACAACCGCCGUGAAUAUUAUGCACUGAAAGAUGGUGAAAGAGCAGCGAAGAAAGUGAAUGGCUUAACCGAUGAUGUUCAAUUACGUGCUAUUCACAAUUUGGGCGGCGUUAUCUUCUACGGUUCGAAUAAUAAUGGAGCGUUCAAACUUGUACAAGGAGAAUUAAUUGCACAUCGAGUGCCCGGAAUAAGUGGACCUGUGCGUCGGAUUAUCUUAGGUGGAAGUGCCAGCCCAGAUGAUGCCAUCUAUUUACCAAAUUAAUUCUGAUAUUUUCGAUUCGGCAAAUUUGGCCAUUUUGAGCUGUAUAAUUACUUGUAGCACACUCAUAU